AGGUGGGGCAGCGCGAGCAGAGCAGAGCAGCGCAGCGCGAGCCGCUAUCCGGCUUUCUCUUGGUGGCAGCUCCACCCGCACCGCGCGCGCACAGCAUGGAGACCUGCACGAGCUGACCUCCGCCUUCAUUACAACAACAACAACAACAACAACACCAUCGCCACGCCUCUUUCUGUGUUGGGCUCGCGACCAGCGGAACCGCGUGUUAAACCCCGCCGUUUUUAAACCUCUGUCCGCGCGCGCGAGCAGCAUGAGGAUCAUCAUCGGGGUCGGAGGGGUGACUAACGGGGGUAAAACUACCCUGACUGACCGUCUGCGCCAGAAUCUGCCCAACUGCUGCGUGGUGCAUCAAGAUGACUUCUUCAAGCCCCAGGAUGAGAUUGAGGUCGGGGAGGAUGGCUUUAAGCAGUAUGAUGUGAUUACAGCUUUGGACAUGGACGCCAUGAUGAGCACCAUCUACGCCUGGCAGGAGAACCCGGUGAAGUUUGAACGCUCUCACGGUGUGGUGAGAACGCUGGGGCCUGAGAUCCUGCCUCACUCUGGAGAGGACAGCAGUGAUGAGGGCGUGCACAUCCUCAUCGUGGAAGGGUUUCUGCUCUACACUUACCGUCCUCUGAUUGACGUGUUUGAUCAGCGGUGGUUUAUUUCCAUCCCGUAUGAAGAAUGCAAAAAGAGGAGGUGCUCAAGGAACUACGCUGUGCCGGACCCCCCGGGUCUGUUCGAUGGUCAUGUUUGGCCCAUGUACGUCAGACACAAGAAGCUGAUGGAGGACAUGGGUGUGGAUGUUGAACAACUUGACGGAACCCUGUCGAAGGAGCAGCUGUUUAACACCGUGUACGGAGACAUCAUCAACAUCAUCCAGAACUGACUGAGGUCUGUUGAUCAGCACUAAGCCGCAGGAGGAGGAAUACGACGUUAUCUCUGACGCAGAAGUGUGUGUGUGUGUUGGGGUGUGUGUCUCAGACUGGUUCUGCGUUGACUGCUACCUGCUUUAGCUUUUAUACACGUGUAUAUCCUUCAUAUUUAUUUGCUGUAAUAACAAAUGGAGCUCCUGUUAGACGCUCUGGACAGUAACACUCUGUAUUAAAGAUGCUACUCCUA